UCUAGUGCUUGGAAAAAUAUUUGGCUUAGAUUAAAAUUGCAAUUGAUUUUUUUUGAAGCGCUGCAAAAAUGUCAACUGAAAUGGCAUACAAGAUGAAGGCCAUUAAAUGCCCAACUGACGAGCUAUCAUUGACCAACAAAGCAAUUGUAAACAUUGCCGAUUUCACCGAGGAAGUCAAAUAUGCAGACAUCUCGCCCGGACCUGGACAACAUUAUAUAUUCGCGCUAGAGAAGAUUGUGGAUUUGCCACGUGGACAUGUGGGCUUCUCUUUGGUGCAGCGUAAGUGGGCGACACUGUCUAUUAACCAAGAGAUUGAUGUGCGGCCCUAUCGCUUCGAUGCCAGCGCGGACAUCAUAACACUGGUUUCCUUUGAAACGGACUUUCUGCAGAAGAAGACCAUUACCCAGGAGGCGUAUGAUUCGGACGAAAUGGCCAAAGAAUUUCUAAUGCAAUUUGCUGGCAUGGCUUUGACUGUGGGCCAAACUUUAGUAUUUCACUUCAAGGACAAGAAAUUGCUGGGCCUGGCAGUAAAGACGCUUGAGGCGGUGGAUCCACGAACUGUGGGCGACGGCAAAGAGCCAAAGACCCGAAAUGUGCGCUUUGGCCGCAUUUUGGGCAACACUGUGGUGCAAUUUGAGAAGGCCGAGAACUCUGUGCUCAAUCUGCAGGGCAGAUCCAAAGGCAAAAUUGUACGUCAGUCUAUUAUAAACCCUGACUGGGACUUUGGCAAAAUGGGCAUUGGUGGCUUGGACAAAGAAUUUAAUGCUAUCUUUCGACGCGCCUUUGCAUCGCGUGUGUUUCCACCAGAGCUCGUUGAGCAAUUGGGCAUUAAGCACGUCAAGGGCAUCUUACUUUAUGGACCACCUGGCACCGGCAAGACACUGAUGGCUCGACAAAUCGGCACCAUGCUGAAUGCGCGUGAGCCCAAGAUUGUGAAUGGCCCGCAGAUUCUGGAUAAAUAUGUUGGUGAGUCCGAGGCCAACAUACGUCGCUUGUUUGCCGAGGCGGAGGAAGAGGAGAAACGUCUGGGCCCCAACAGCGGUCUGCACAUAAUUAUAUUUGACGAAAUCGAUGCUAUUUGCAAGGCGCGUGGCUCUGUAGCCGGCAACAGUGGUGUCCAUGAUACCGUUGUCAAUCAGCUGUUGGCCAAAAUCGAUGGCGUGGAACAACUGAACAACAUACUGGUCAUCGGCAUGACCAAUCGUCGGGAUAUGAUUGAUGAAGCGCUGCUGCGACCUGGUCGUCUGGAAGUGCAAAUGGAGAUCAGUCUGCCCAACGAGGACGGACGCAUACAGAUUCUUAAUAUACACACCAAGCGCAUGCGUGAGUUCAACAAGAUUGCCAGCGAUGUUGACAACAAUGAGAUCGCCGCACUCACCAAGAACUUUAGCGGUGCCGAGUUGGAGGGUCUGGUGCGUGCUGCCCAGUCCACUGCAAUGAAUCGUCUUAUCAAGGCCGAUGCCAAGGUGCAUGUUGAUCCAGAGGCAAUGGAGAAACUUAAGGUCACUCGCUCGGACUUCAUGCAUGCGCUAGAGAAUGACAUCAAGCCGGCCUUUGGUGCCGCUCAGGAGAUGCUCGAGAAUAUGCUGGCCCGUAGUGUGGUCAACUGGGGUCAGCCAGUGACCAGUUUGCUGGAGGAUGGCAUGUUGUAUGUGCAGCAAGCCAAGUCCACAGAGAGCUCUGGACUGGUGUCUGUGCUAAUUGAAGGUGCACCCAACUCAGGCAAAUCAGCGCUGGCCGCAAAUCUUGCCAAAAUGAGCGAUUUUCCCUUUGUCAAGGUCUGCUCGCCCGAAGAUAUGGUGGGCUUCACCGAGUCCGCCAAGUGUCUGCAUAUAAGAAAGAUAUUCGAUGACGCCUAUCGCUCCACACUCAGUUGCAUUGUGGUGGACAAUGUGGAGCGACUGCUGGACUACGGACCAAUCGGUCCACGUUAUUCGAAUCUCACGCUGCAGGCGCUGCUGGUGCUGCUCAAGAAACAACCUCCGAAGGGACGCAAGCUGCUCAUACUGUGCACCUCAAGCCGACGUGCAGUGCUGGAGGAAAUGGAGAUGCUGUCAGCGUUUACGUCCGUGCUGCAUGUGCCCAACUUGUCGUUACCCGAACAUGUAUUAUCUGUGCUGGAGCACUCGGAUCUCUUCAGUCCCGAUGAGCUGCAAAUCAUUGCCAGAAAAAUGGCCGGCAAGCGCGUCAACAUUGGCAUUAAGAAGCUUUUGGCAUUGAUUGAUAUGGUGAGGCAGUCGGAGCCGCAGUACCGCAUAGUCAAGUUCUUCAUCAAAAUGGAGGAGGAAGGCGGGCUGGAUAUGAUAGCGAGACCACAGUAGCUACCGCCCGCGCUGGAACUGCGCAUGUCAGUCGUCGAGCUUAACGAUGCUUUUUGAAACUGAAACGCACCAACGAAUUAGCUCAAAUAGAAAUAUUUAAUAGGUACAUUUAUAUCGCAAGUGAAGUCCAUAUAAAACAGUUACAAAAAGAAUCCGACCAACAAAAGAGAACUUAUAACAAACAUUCCACACACCCAUACAGUUAGCCCAGCGGCUAGUCUUCUACAGAUUUGUCGAACUGCAAUCUUGGCAUGCUUUAAAUGUACCGAUAGUUAAUGGCCAACUUAAACUAUUGAAAAUUUGUAUUGAUGUCUAUUAUCUAUAUAUGAACUAUAUGUGUAAUAUUUUAUUAAGCACAAAAGUCAGUCAAUGUAACCGAUAAUCGGUUUAUACUAUAUGUAUGUCCACAACAAAAAUAUAUU